AUGGCUACUGUUGUGCAGGAAGAAAUAACUGGUAGAAAUGAUCAUGCGACUGCUAAUGCUCUUGAGGCAAUGACUCAGGUGAUGGCUCGAGCUAAUCAUAAUGCAGGAGCCGAUGAGUUUCAUGGAUUGGGAAAAUUAAAAAAGAAUAAACCGCCUACAUCCAAAGGAAGAUAUGAUCUUGAAGGUGCCCAGCUGAGUAUUGGUGGGAGAAUACCCACCAAAUUGGAGGCCGCUGGUACUGCUAUUAUUGGGGAUAACUUUAAGAAGGCGUUUUUGGACAAGUAUUUUCCAACAUAUGUUUGUAACCGUAAAGAGAAAGAAUUCUUGGAGUUGGGGCAGGGUAACAUGUUUGUGGCUGACUAUGUAGCCAAGUUUGAAGAGUUGUUUAGGUUUUAUCUGUAA